AUGGCUCACUCACGGCCCGAGCGACGCCAAGAGGUCUCGCGCCCCGAUGAUCGACGGUCAGACAGACUGGUCUGCCACCGGCCCAUCACGGGCUUAGGCGAAUCCCCAAGCGGUCUUUACGAACGUGGCUGCGGAACAAGCACUCAGCGUGAAGAAGUCGCCAUGCCAGACCUGCCCACGGUAACGCUCGACACGACGCUCGCCGACCUCUACCGGCGCGCGUGUCCCAAGAGCGCCGACAAGCGCAUCGCCCAGGUGCUCUGCGGCAUCAACUCGUGCGCCGAGCUCAGCGCACACGUCCCCCGUAACGCCAAGUAUCUCUACCAAGACACCCCCUUCAAUACCGUGCCGCCGGACGAGUCCUGCAGAAGCCCCAAGGACAAGGAGCGGCGGCGGCGGCAGCAGCGGCAGCAGCAGCAGCUCGCCGUCAAGUACCUCUCGCUCAUCCCCCAGCGCGACGCCUUCAUCAGCGGCGACACCGCCGUCGUGCUCUUCCACAUCAACGAGACGGACAAGCAGAAGGCGCACGACAGGCGCGAGGCCGAGAGGACCAUCUCCGUGCUCGCCGAGGCGCAGCGGCCCGACCUGGUCUUCUGCGUCGGCCCGUCAGCGAUACCCGUCGAGGAGGCGGGCAUCGACGCGAUCGCGUACAAGCUCAUGCUCGACGGCCUCGAGGGCUACGACAACCUCAUCGUCCCGCCCGACACGCACUGGUUCCUCAACUCCAAGGCCGCGCUCGCGCGCUCCGGCCUCCCCACGCCCAAGGCCAAGAUCAUCGAGGUCGACGGCCUCGCGGACGAGGCCCGGCUGUGCUGCGCGCCGUGCGCCGGCGGCGACGCCGCCGAGUUCGUCAUCCCGCCCACGUGCGCGGGGUCGCGGGGGAAAUGGUUCGAGGCGCAGCGGGAGAGGAUCCUCGCCGCGCUCGCCUCGCACCCGCUGCCGUUCGUGCUCAAGAACCAGCAGAGCUUCGGCGGCGCGGGCACGUACGUGGUCGUCACAGAAGAGGAGCGCGGCAGGCUGGUCGCCGACCUCCGCGGGGGCCUCCUGCGGAGGCUGCUCUCCUCGGUGACGGAGGCCAACGCGCACCUCCGGCCGGCGGCCCUGGUGCUCUCGGACCUCGUGGAGGACCCCGUCGGAGACUACGGCCUGACCUUCUUCGUCACGGACGACGGCGGCGACCCCAUCUUCCUCGCGGCCUCGGAGCAGUUGACGGACGACGCCAAGGCCUGGAUCGGGAGCACCAUCAACUACGGGCGCCAGGAUGAGCUGAAGAGGAAGUUCGGCCCGCUGGUCAAGAAGAUCGCCGCCUGGUUGCGAAGCCACAACUACGUGGGGCCUGCGGGGGCCGACGUCCUCGAGACCGCGCCCUUGGAAGACGCGAAGCCGGAGACAAACGGCCAGACGACCAACGGACAGAAGACGAACGGUCAACGGACGAACGGCCACGCCGACCCCGGAGAAGACUUCUCCCAUUUCCACGUAGUCGACCUCAACAUCAGGACCUCGGGCUCCCUCUGCCUGCCCCUCCUCCGCCGCCACUUCACCAGCCGCGGGCUGAUGAGCGGGUCCUCCUUCUCCAUCAGCUGCAGCCAGGGCCGCGACGACUUCAUCGCCUCGUUUCGCGACGACUUUGCCGCCGGCCGCAUGUGUAUCAUCAGCUGGUACGAAGACCCCGACACGGGCGUCAGCCUCGCCGACGUGGCGGUCGGGGCUGAGGACGAACGCGGGCUGAGGAGGGCGAUGCAGCGGUCCAGUCCACAGGAGCCUCCCUACGUCGAUUCGGAUCGCACCGGAGUUCAACUUGUAUGCCGUAGUUCCAACAUGGUUCACACCUCGUCAGCCGAGGAUACCACAUCACCACUCACUUGUCAGUCAACAUGCCAGGGACACGGGUUCCAGAACGCCGAUUCAUCAUGUCAAAGGCCGCCGCCAGUAGGCAUGUAUGGCACACGGGCAUAUUCAUGGCAUAUGAUUCACUGGGCCAAAAAAAUACAUAGCUCCGAAAAGCCUGACCGUACCCUAGAACCAAACCUCGGCAGGCUUCGCAAAGGUAGAAACCCUCCUCGCCGUGCCGCUUGA